UCGGGGGUGUCCCCCGGCCCCGCCAAGCGGGUCAGUCCCAGUGACUCACGGGUUUAACGCGGGCGGGGCCCCCCCCGCCCCCCCGCGCGGUGGCACCCCGGGGUGCCCCACCCCCCCGCACCCUAUUUAAGGUCCGUCCCGGUGUCCCCGACGUCCCCGGUGCCCCCCCCCGCCAUGGCCGGUCCCCGGCUGCCCGCGGCCCUCGGGCUCCUGCUGCUCUGCCUGUGCCUGCCAGACGCCUCCGGCCGCUGCGACUCGGGCUCCCGCCUGGUCCCGCUGACGGCCGGGGUGGAUCCCUGCAAGGAUCCCGCCGGAUUCCUCAGCCCCCAGCUGGGCGGGGCCGGAGCGGGAUCCUCCGGAGGAGAGGGAUCCUACGGCAAUUCGGGAUCCUCCGGAAAUUCGGGAUCCUCCGGAGGAGAGGGAUCCUACGGCAAUUCGGGAUCCUAUGGAGGAGCGGGAUCCUACGGAGGCGGAUCGGGAUCCUCCGGCAAUUCGGGAUCCUACGGAGGAGCGGGAUCCUACAGCGGCUCGGGAGUAUCCCAGGGAGGCGGAAGCUCUUCGGGAUCCUACGCGUCACCGGGAUCCCCUGGGGGCAAGCCAGGAUCCUAUGGGAGCAGACCGGGAUCCCACGGGGACGGCUCGGGAUCUUUUGUGUCGCCGGGAUCCGGUGGGCCCUCGGGAUCCUACGGAGUCGGGUCUUACGGGGGCGGAUCCGGGAGACCCAGCUCGUACGCGGGAAGCGGAUCCUAUGGGGGAUCCAGCUCCUAUGGAGGAUCCAGUUUGGGAUCCUAUGGAAGCGGAUCCGGAUCAGGCAGACCUGGAUCCCAGGGGGGGAGCGGAUCCGGAUCGGGCAGACCCGGCUCAUCUCAAGGAGGAUCCAGUUCAGGAUCAGGAUCAGGGAAACCCGGAUCGGGAUCCUAUGGAGGCAGCUCAGGAUCCUACGGGGGAUCCGGAUCCUAUGGAGGAUCCAGUUCCUACGGAGGAUCUGGAUCUUAUGGAGGCAGGCCAGGAUCCUAUGGGGGAUCGUAUGGAGGAUCCAGUUCAGGAUCGGGCAGACCCGGCUCCCAGGGGGGCAGCGGAUCGGGAUCAGGCAGACCCGGAUCCCACGGAGGCAGCGGAUCCCAUGGGGGAAGCGGGUCUGGAUCAGGCAGACCUGGCUCCCAGGGGGGCAGCGGAUCCCAAGCAGGCAGCGGAUCGGGAUCCUACGGGAGCAGCUCAGGAUCCUACGGGGGCAGCUCAGGAUCCUAUGGGGGAUCGGGAUCCUACGGGCUCCCUGAGUCCUACGGGGAUGAUUCGGGAUCCUUUGGGGAAUCAGGAUCCUACGGGGGCUCAUCAGGAUCUUAUGGGGGAUCAGGAUCCUAUGGAGAAUCAGGAUCCCAGGGGGGUGGCUCGGGAUCGUAUGGAGGAUCAGGAUCCCAGGGGGGUGGAUCGGGAUCUUAUGGCAGACCAGGAUCCUAUGGGGGUGGCUCGGGAUCCCAGGGGAGUGGAUCGGGAUCUUAUGGGGGAUCAGGAUCCUACGGGGGUGGAUCGGGAUCUUACGGAGGGUCGGGAUCCCAGGGGGGUGGAUCGGGAUCUUAUGGCAGACCAGGAUCCUAUGGGGGUGGCUCGGGAUCCCAGGGGAGUGGAUCAGGAUCUUAUGGGGGAUCGGGAUCCCAGGGGGGAUCGGGAUCCUACGGGGGUGGAUCAGGCUCUUAUGGCAGACCAGGAUCCUACAGUGGUGCAUCGGGAUCCUACGGUGGUGGAUCAGGAUCUUACGGGGGGUCGGGAUCCUACGGAGGGAUCCGGCGCCCCGGGUGUCACCGCCCGCAGCCUGCCCGUCCCCACCACCGUCCCCGUCCCCACCACCGCGGCCACCACCGUCCCCGGUCCUGCCCCCAAUAUCGUCCCCACCCCCGCCCCCACCACCCUCCCCACCCCCGUCCCCGUGCCCACGGCGGCUGAGGACGACGACGACGACGACGACGACGAAGAGGAGGAGGCCGAAGGCCGCCCCCCCAACCUGCCCCCCCGGGGCCAGGCUGGAACUGGGGGGGCCCCGACGGCUGCGGCCCCGUGA